AUGUCGGGCCUCGAGUCCAUCCCCCCAGAGAUCCUCUACAAAAUCCUUGCUCUCCUCGAGCCCGUCCACACACUCACUGAACCUCUCACCCUCCUCGCUCUUUCCGCAACCUCUAAGCAUUUCAACGCGGUCGUCGAAGAGCACGCCAAUAAUGCGCUGAAGAAGCAUGGUCUCCCUCUACCCAAGCGAGCAGGCAAGCUCACGACCCUGCGCCGCAAGUGGCUCGGCGACAUAUGCCAGUUCUGCAAGAGAGCAAGCAAAAGACGCGCGUGCUUCUACAGCGACGUUGUCUGCUGCAAGGACUGUGACAGGACGGUGUUUCCAAAGAUUACAAUGACGGCAGCAAUGUCGACCUAUAAUCUCUCGAAACUUGACCUCUUCACGCCUAAUGAGCUGCAUCCGUACCUGGAAGCAUUAACAGUCGGUACAGCAUCUGUAAUGGGUGGUCAAGCUAUCAUGAUUUCCGAACCAGACGUCCUCGCCCGUCGCGACCACAUCUACGCCCUCGUCAGCCAAACAGGUAACAAUGUUGCCAAACUGCACGGACGCGCCGCUAUGCACAGCCGCAUCCAAGCGCACCUCUGCAUCGUCUUCUGCCCUGUGCGCAGGCGCUGGUGCCAGACAACCCGGCCGAACCCUCCGCUCUCCAGGUUACCGGCUUCCAUGCAAACGCGCGCAAGUAGGAUGGAUUACGUGAAGAGGAUGCUGCGAUCAGAGCGCAUCCUCCUGGGGAUGUCGCCGGAGGAGGCUGAUGCUGAUGUCGGGUACAGGGUUAACCAUUGCCAAUUUGUGACGGAAAGCUCGGGGGAUGCGGCCUUUGAGGAAGAGAUGGAGAGUGACGAUGAAGGGGAGUUUGAGGUGGAGCCGCGGGGUCUGCGUUUAAAUUUCCUGGGGAUGGAUGCUAUAGAUGAUGAGGUUUAA